AUGGAGCGCUACGGGCGCCUGUCCGGCCUGUGUGGCCUCGCCGCACUCGUCGCGGGUCUCGUCGCCAUCAGCUUCCUCGCGACCCACGCCAGCGCCGCUUAUAAUAGCCCGUGUGCCGGUUAUGAAUGCGGGCCCAGUGCUUCCUGCCUUCUGUAUCGUGAUGGCUCUCCUUUCUGCUUGUGCGACGAUGGCACCAGUAACUUCAACGAAACAGACAAGACGUGCUAUAUGACCUGUGCUCUCACGCAUUGA